UCCUAAACAGAGACUCCACAGCCAAAAAAUCAGAGAUAUGGCAAAACUUGGUGUGGCUUUAGCUCUCACACUUCUCACUCUCUUCUCCUCUUCCUCGUAUGUCGAAUCGAGAAUCCGAUACUAUAAGUUUAGGGUGGUGAGGAAGAACAUGACGAGGCUAUGCGCGAGCAAGCCCAUCAUCGUUGUGAACGGAAAAUUCCCGGGGCCUACUCUCUAUGCUAGGGAAGAUGAUACGGUCAUUGUUAGGGUUGUGAACCAUGUCACAGACAAUGUCACAAUACACUGGCACGGCGUUAGGCAGCUCCGGACUGGGUGGGCCGAUGGGCCGGCUUAUAUCACGCAAUGCCCGAUUCAGACGGGUCAGAGCUACGUUUACAAUUUUACCCUCAUGGGCCAGAGAGGGACUUUGCUUUGGCAUGCACAUAUCAAUUGGCAGAGAGCCACCGUGCAUGGUGCAAUUGUCAUUCUGCCGAGGCUCGGGAUUCCUUAUCCAUUUCCCAAGCCUCAUAAAGAAGAGAUCAUCGUAUUAGGUGAAUGGUGGAAGUCGGAUGUGGAAGCUGUGAUCAACCAAGCUAUGCAAGCCGGCCUACCGCCUAAUGUGUCGGAUGCACACACCAUUAACGGCCUUCCCGGCCCUUCUCCAAAUUGCUCUUCUUCAGGAUACACCCUCCACGUGGAGACCGGAAAAACAUAUCUCCUCCGAAUAGUCAGCGCCGCAGUGAACGAAGAGCUCUUCUUCAAGAUCGCCGGCCACCGCCUCACCGUCGUCGAAGUCGACGCCUCCUACACGAAGCCCUUCGCAACCGACACCAUAUUCAUCGGGCCGGGCCAGACCACCACGGCCCUCCUCACCGCCAACCAGCCAAUCGGAAAAUACGUCAUCGCCAUCUCCCCCUUCAUGGAUACCAUCGUCCCCACCGACAACCAGGUCGCCACCGCCGCCCUCCUCUACGCCGGCGCCGCCCUUCUCUCCGGCGCCGGCGCCGUCGCCGGAGUCCCCUCCCGGAACGCCACCCCGGUCACGACCGCCUUCGAGGACGGCCUCCGGAGCCUAAACUCGCCGGAGUACCCCGCCGCCGUGCCCACCGGCGCCGACCACUCGCUCCUCCUCGCCGUCGGUGUUGGGGUGAACCCGUGCGCGUCGUGCGUCAACGGCACCCGCGUGGUGGCAGCCGUCAACAACGUCAGCUUCGUGAUGCCGGCCACCGCGCUGCUGCAGGCGCACUACUACAACGUGAGCGGCGUCUACACGGCGGAUUUUCCGGCGGCGCCGGUGACGCCGUGGAACUACACGGGGGUGGCGGCGCCGGCGAACAUGGGGACGGCGACGGGGACGAGGGUGUACCGGGUGGGGUAUAAUUCGACGGUGCAGAUGGUGGUGCAGGGGACGGCGGUGAUCGCGCCGGAGAGCCAUCCGAUGCAUCUGCACGGAUUUAAUUUUUAUGUGGUGGGGAAAGGGAUUGGGAAUUAUGAUGCGGAGAAUGAUCCAAAGAGGUUUAAUCUUGUGGACCCGGUUGAGAGGAAUACUAUUAGUGUGCCUACCGGUGGAUGGACAGCGAUACGGUUCCGAGCUGAUAAUCCUGGAAUGUGGUUUUUGCAUUGUCAUUUGGAAGUGCACACAACAUGGGGGCUUAAGAUGGCAAUUUUGGUGGAAAAUGGAAAAGGCCCAAAUGAAUCAAUCUUGCCUCCUCCAAAAGAUCUUCCAAAAUGUUGAACAUUCAAUUUAAAUAUUUGUAUAGUUUAUUCUGGGGAAAGUUUUAGAGUGAAGAGGAUGAUGUGCUCAAAGCUCAAGCAGCAUGUCAAUAAUUCACACACAUACCAGAAAAGAGAAAAUGUUUUAUGAACUAUUCGGACUUGGGUAAUCACCGGGAUUCAUUAUAAGUGAAAUAGAGAAUGAGAUGAAAGAGUGAAAUGUUGAAGAGUGAAAGGAAUUGUGGUGUAUAUAUAUAAAUUUUGAAGAAUUAAAAAAAAAGGAAAACGCGUUGCAUCGUCCGCCUCGCCCGCAGUGGGGCGGACGAUACCGCGGAUGAUGCCUGGUCGAAGCCCUAUUGUCCGCGGACGAUGGAUGUGCCAUCGUCCGCAUGGCUACACUGUGGAUGCCCUAAUAUAUAUAGUUUUGCUCGUCCAAGGGCCAAUUUAUAUAGUUUUUUCCCCUAUCCAUGAGUCAUACUCCCUAUAUCUACAAAAAAAAAAUACUCUCUCCAUUCUAUAAUAGAUGUCACAAUUUUACUUUUAGUUUGUCCCAUAAAAGAUGUCGCAUUUCAUUUUUUGAAAAAAAAACUAUAUUUCAUAUUAAUAUAAAUAUAUUAUUUUCUUUGUCCACCUAAUACAUAAAACAACAUCUCAUAAAAUCCUUUGUCAUUCCCUAAAUAUGACAUCUAUUAUUGGACGUAUGGAGUAUCAUAUUUUUUUCAUUUCAGUAUGUAUGCAAUUUAAAGUCCCGUGACUCCCAUUUUUUUAAGUAAAUGCACCAUAUACAAUCAACUAAAUCAUUAUAUCUACAUUCUAUUAGUACUAUAAAUUCAUAUGGAGUAUAUAAUUAUUAAAAUGAGAUCCACGUUCCACAAAUUUAUAUGGAGUAUAUAAUUCUUCGAAAGCUCAUGGGCUGUUAUGAAACUUUUCAUCAAUUAAAAGCCUUGACUGAAAAUUUAUACUACAUCCGUCCCCCAAAUAUUGUCCCACUUUGACCCUAGACGAGUUUUAA